AGGAGGGAGGGAGGGAAGGAGGAGUUAGGCGUGAUAUUUGUGUCUCAGGAUUGAUGGAUGGCUGCUGUUACAUGGCUGUGUGUGUGUGUGCGCUUUCCCCCUCUUAUUAAUGCUGCUACUAAGCCUGAGACACACACAGCAGCGACAUUACGCAGCAGAAGUCGCAGCGCAAGCACUUAGCGCCGAGAAGCAGCGCAUGGACUGCAGGUAACAGCGGCAGCACUGGAUUUCUCUUUCUUUUUUGGUCAUUGUGUCAUUGAGACGACUGCACAGCGCUAUUGGCAUUGGGCAAAUCUGCGCCGAUAGUGGAAGCCACCUGGGGGGGAUCCUGCCCAGGACUCUGAAACGCGACUACUUCUCCCGUGCCGGCAUGGAUGCCAAUUGCUCUCCUACCUUCCCAUUGUGGCUCCGAGCUGGAGUGUGGCUACUGGCCUGGAGCUGGAUGUGCCGAGUCGGUGCCAGUGGCUGCCCGGCGCUGUGUACUUGCAGUGGCACCACAGUGGAUUGUCAUGGCUUGGCACUCAAAGGGGUUCCCAAGAACAUCCCCAGGAGCAGCGAGAGGCUGGAGCUGUAUGGAAACAACAUUACACGGAUCAGUAAGAAUGACUUCUCGGGACUGAAGCAACUGAGAGUUUUGCAACUAAUGGAAAAUCAGAUCAUCAACAUUGAACGAGGAGCUUUUGACGACAUGAAGGAACUCGAGAGGCUGCGCCUGAAUAGAAACCAGCUGCAAGCACUACCUGAGCUUCUCUUCCAGAAUAACCAGGCACUCUCCAGACUAGACCUGAGUGAGAAUCUAAUACAAGCCAUUCCAAGGAAAACAUUUCGCGGAGCUACGGAACUGAAAAACCUCCAAAUGGAUAAGAACCAGAUCAGCUGCAUUGAAGAUGGAGCUUUUCGGGCCCUAAGAGGACUGGAAGUUUUAACUCUGAAUAACAACAAUAUAACCACAAUUCCUGUUUCCAGUUUCAACCAUAUGCCCAAACUGAGGACAUUCCGUCUGCAUUCUAACAACUUGUUUUGUGACUGCCAUUUGGCUUGGCUCUCCCAGUGGCUACGCCAGCGGCCAACCAUUGGACUUUUCACACAGUGCACUGGGCCGUAUCCACUUCGAGGCCUCAACGUGGCAGAGAUCCAGAAGCACGAGUUCAGCUGCUCAGGUCAGUCUGAUCCAUCCACUUCCCAGAUCUGCAGCCUCUCCAUUGGAUCCUGCCCAGCAAUGUGCACCUGUAGUAAUGGCAUUGUAGAUUGUCGGGGGAAAGGCCUCACAGCAAUACCUGCAAAUCUCCCUGAAACCAUGACGGAAAUACGCUUGGAGCUUAAUGGUAUCAAAUCUGUUCCACCCGGUGCCUUUUCACCCUACAAAAAGCUGCGCAGAAUAGACCUGAGCAACAACCAAAUCUCGGAGAUCGCCCCCGACGCUUUCCAGGGUCUUCGCUCUCUUAAUUCCCUGGUUUUAUAUGGCAACAAAAUUACAGACCUUCCCAAAGGUGUGUUUAGUGGUCUUCAUGCCUUGCAGCUGCUACUUCUCAAUGCCAACAAAAUAAACUGCAUCAGAGCUGACACCUUCCAGGACUUACAAAACUUGUCGCUUCUGUCACUUUACGACAACAAGAUUCAGAGUUUGGCCAAAGGCACCUUUGCUGCUCUCCGUGCUAUCCAGACUCUACACUUGGCACAGAAUCCUUUUAUCUGCGACUGCAAUUUGAAGUGGCUAGCAGACUUUUUGAGAACAAACCCCAUUGAGACGAGUGGAGCACGUUGUGCAAGCCCCCGGCGACUCGCCAACAAACGCAUUGGCCAGAUAAAAAGCAAGAAGUUCAGAUGUUCAGCAAAAGAACAAUAUUUUAUUCCAGGGACAGAGGAUUAUCAGCUGAAUAGUGAAUGUAACAGCGAUGUUGUGUGUCCCCCCAAGUGCCGAUGUGAAUCCAAUGUGGUGGAUUGCUCUAACCUGAAGCUUACCAAGAUCCCAGAACGUAUUCCUCAAUCCACAGCAGAGCUGCGCUUGAACAACAAUGAAAUUGCUGCCCUUGAGGCCACUGGUCUUUUCAGAAAACUCCCACAUCUCAAGAAAAUAAACCUGAGCAACAACAAAAUUUCCGAAAUAGAAGAUGCGGCGUUUGAAGGGGCUGCAUCUGUCAGCGAGUUACAUCUGACUGCCAAUCAUUUGGAGUCGGUCCGAAGCGGCAUGUUCCGGGGCCUGGAAGGACUGAGGACGAUAAUGCUUCGGAAUAACCGGGUCAGCUGUGUCCAUAAUGACAGUUUCACUGGCCUGAGGAACGUCCGCCUUCUCUCUUUAUAUGAUAACCAGAUCAGCACCAUCACCCCAGGAGCAUUUGACACUUUGCAGUCACUUUCUACUCUGAACUUGCUGGCUAACCCAUUUAACUGCAACUGCCAACUUGCUUGGCUUGGGGAUUGGCUGAGGAAGAGGAAGAUAGUCACUGGAAAUCCCCGCUGUCAAAACCCAGACUUCCUGAGACAGAUUCCCCUGCAAGAUGUGGCCUUCCCGGAUUUCAGAUGUGAAGAUGGUCAGGAAGAAUUGAGCUGUGCGCCGCAACCUCUUUGUCCUCAGGAAUGCACCUGCCUGGACACUGUAGUACGAUGCAGCAACAAGCACCUCUUGUCCCUGCCCAAGGGAAUCCCAAAGAAUGUCACAGAGCUUUACCUGGAUGGGAAUCAGUUUACUAUGGUACCAGGACAACUCUCCAGUUUCAAAUAUCUACAGCUGGUUGAUCUAAGCAACAACAAAAUCAGCUCCCUGAGUAACUCCUCCUUUACCAACAUGAGCCAACUCACCACACUGAUCCUAAGUUAUAAUUCCUUGCGGUGCAUACCUCCUUUGGCUUUUGAGGGUCUUCGCUCCUUAAGAUUGCUGUCUGUCCAUGGGAAUGAUAUCUCCAGCCUUCCAGAAGGGAUCUUUUCUGAUGUCACCUCUCUUUCCCAUCUAGCUAUUGGUGCCAACCCAUUGUAUUGUGAUUGUAACUUACGGUGGCUGUCAAACUGGGUGAAAACCGGUUACAAGGAGCCUGGCAUUGCUCGCUGUACAGGACCUCCGGAGAUGGAUGGAAAACUGCUUCUCACAACUCCUGCCAAAAAGUUUGAAUGCAAUGGACCCCCAGGCUUGAAUAUUCUGGCCAAAUGCAACCCCUGUCUCUCAGAUCCUUGUAAAAACCAAGGUACCUGUCAAGAUGAUGCUGUGGAGUACUACAAGUGCAUUUGUCCUAUUGCUUUCAAGGGCAAAAAUUGUGAAAUCUCCCUGAACGCGUGUUCCAGUAACCCCUGUGAGAAUCAGGGCCUGUGUCUUUCCAAAGAAGAAGGAAGUGGAUUUAUGUGCACGUGUGCGGAUGGAUUUGAGGGCCCAACGUGUGCUGUAAAUAAAGAUGACUGCAAAUACAGUGACUGUGAAAAUGGUGGCACCUGUGUGGAUGGAAUAAAUAACUACACCUGCUUGUGCCCACCACAAUACACAGGUGAAUAUUGCGAGCACCUCGUGGACGUUUGCUCAUCAGAAUUGAAUCCUUGCCAUCAUGACUCCGAAUGCAUCGUGACACCCGAGGGCCCAAAGUGUGAGUGUGCCCCGGGCUAUGGAGGAGACGACUGCAGCCUGAAUUACGAUGACUGCAAGGACCACCGCUGCCAGAAUAAUGCCCUGUGUGUGGAUGAGGUUAAUGGAUAUUCAUGUCUCUGCACUGAGGGUUACAGUGGGCAGCUUUGUGAAAUGCCAUCCCAGGCCCCCUCGCCUUGUAAACUAACACCCUGCCAGAAUGGUGCCAACUGUAUUGAGGUGGGGAACAGCGCCUUGUGCCAGUGUCUCCCAGGCUUCGGAGGAUUAAAGUGUGAGAAACUGCUGAGUGUAAACUUUGUGGAUAGAGACACUUAUCUGCAAUUUACCGACCUGCAGAACUGGCCCCGGGCAAACAUCACACUUCAGGUGUCAACGGCAGAAGACAAUGGAAUUCUACUGUACAAUGGAGACCAUGACCAUAUGGCUGUAGAGUUGUACCAAGGCCACGUCAGGGUUAGUUAUGACCCCGGAAGCUUUCCAAGCUCUGCCAUUUACAGUGCAGAGACCAUCAAUGAUGGGCAGUUCCAUACUGUGGAGUUGGUUACAUUUGACCAGAUGGUUAAUCUCUCCAUUGACGGAGGGUCACCCAUGACAAUGGAUAAAUUUGGGAAACAUUAUACCCUUAAUAGCGAAGCACCUCUAUACGUGGGAGGUAUGCCAGUCGAUGUCAACUCUGCCGCUUUUAGACUUUGGCAAAUCCUUAAUGGAACCAGCUUUCAUGGCUGCAUCCGGAACCUGUAUAUCAAUAACGAGCUGCAAGAUUUCACCAAAACCCAAAUGAAGCCUGGAGUUGUGCCGGGCUGUGAACCGUGUCGGAAACUCUUUUGCCUUCAUGGAAUAUGCCAACCCAAUGCAGCAAAUGGACCCGUGUGCCACUGUGAGACCGGAUGGACUGGGCCACACUGUGACCAACCACUAAAUGAUCCAUGUCAAGGCCACAAAUGUGUCCAUGGGUCUUGCAUGCCACUAGAUGCCCUAACAUACAGCUGCCUGUGCCAGGAUGGGUACAAAGGUGCCCUGUGCAACCAGCAAGGAGAGCUCUACAAUCCGUGUAAAAGUCUGCAGUGCCAGCACGGGCGCUGUCAGAUCUCAGACCUGGGCGAAGCCUAUUGCGAGUGUGAUGGCGGCUACGUGGGAGACAAUUGCGAUCAAGAAUCAGAAUGCCGAGGAGAGCCAGUGCGGGAUUAUUACCAAGUACAGCGAGGCUACGCCAUUUGCCAAACCACGCGCACCGUGUCUUGGGUUGAAUGCCGCGGUUCCUGCCACAAUCACAGCUGCUGCACCGGAUUACGCAUGAAACGCCGGAAGUACACGUUCGAAUGCAGCGACGGCUCUUCCUUUGUGGAAGAUGUGGAGAAACCCAUCAAGUGUGGGUGCACCCAGUGCGUGUGAAACAAGUUGAACUGCAUUGUACAAGAUCACACCGGACAAAAUAAUAAUCAUAAUUAAAAAAAAAAAAAAAUAUCCAAGAAUAAAACCUGGACAAUUACAUUCUGUAAAACUGGACUUCUGCUCCCCUUUCAGAUGCGUGAAUAUCUUGAUGUCUGUGGCAUUUAAAAAAUAUAUGUAUAAACAGCACCUAUUGCAUUAAGAGGCACACGCACAUGCUGACUGGUUGUAUAGUGUUGUAAUCAUUGGAGAAAAGGUAUAGAGGAGGUAUAUAUGUAGAGGGUACAAUGUGUAGAUAGAGAUUUUUUUAAAAAAAAAAAACACACACACACAAAUGUAUUUAUACACAAUGUGGAUAGAUUUACAUGGAACAAGAAGGAAGGUCUGUAUUUUAUUUUUCCAUUUUUUUAAGGUAGAUCAUUUUGUAACCAUUGUGGCAGUAUUACAUCUGUUUUGUAUAGCUCAGAACGUUCGACAAGUAUUCUUUUCCGAUCUGUCAUUUCUGCUUGGGGGACCCCAUUGUGGGCGAGGGGCACAUCACUUUCAUAAUGCACUUUCUGCUCAGUGAAAAGCAACAGACUAAUGUCAUUUUAUAUUUAUGAUCAUUUCUUUAUCUACCACUAUAUAUCAUAUUAACUAGGCUUCCCGACACAGGACAUAAAUGACUUUUAAUAACACUUAUCUGUGAUGCCACACACAAAGACUUUUAGGUGGCAGACGGGGAGCCCAGCAACAAAUCUUCUCUACUUCGGGCGACUAAUCUCCCCAAAUGCCUUCCCGCCGACAAGGAUGUGAAUCGCCGACAGGAUGGAAUACGUAGCACUUAGUUUUCCGAAGUUGCCCGAAAUUGCUUCACGAGGAAACUUCGGGCGACUUUGAAAUUCUGAAGCGAUAAAUAUGCCAUCCUGCCGGCAAUUUGCAUUCUUGCCGGCAGGAAGGCAAUUCGGGGAAAUAAGUCGCCCGCAGUAGAGACUUGUCGCUGGUCAACUAAUCUCCCCGUCUGCCACCAGCCUUAGGGACAUGGUGUUUUCUCUGCUGGCUUAUCUACGUUGGGGAUGGGAAUACCAAUCCAUUACCUACUGCCCCAACAUAAGCCUUGGCUUUGGCCUGCUGGUGCACAGACAGGGAGGAUUAUGGCAUGAAAAUGCAUACUUUCACGAUUCAUGCCAGAAUACGUCUGGUUUAUACGCUAGCAGGCCAAUGCUGUAGCUGUCAGUGUAAGUGAUAUCAGGGUGGAAGGAUUGGCCCUUUUUCCCAAGCAGAGAUAUGCCAGCUGAGAAUACACCUCACAUGACAUGGUCCUUAGCUUAAGGAGGUUCUGGCAACAGCUGAAGGUCCAUCAGACAAUACUUAUAUAUAAGCAAUGUUGCUCCACACAGCCUGUAUUGCCUUCGGGCCCCUCUGAUGCAAGGACAGCACCCAGUUCAGCACUCCUCAUAUACUGUAUAAAGUAAAGACUGUUUAUAUGGACUAUUAAAGAAGACGGUAGGGCACUUUGAUUAACAUAACCAUUCUAUUAUUCACAUAAAUCCACAUUUCAGCCUGUUGCUGUGCACAUUAGACACAGAAUUAAAGAGAAACUGAUGGGGCCCUAAUAAUAAAGUACUGGUUAGUCUCACAAAAUAUGACAGUGUUGUUCUAUUCAUAGGUUUCAAAGUUGAAAAAAUGAAAAUAGCUUGUGCUGUAUUCAAACAGGCUGGGAGGGGGAAGUUUCCUUUUGCGAUUCUCAUUUACUAUCUGGAGAUCAAGGAGAACCGCCCCCACUCCUUCAAAACAUAAUACUUUUUCUUUUGUACCAUUUAAUAAAAUCUUUUAUAUUAUUUGUUAAUGUUGCAACUUGCCCUUUCAAACAAAACAUAUUUUAGCAUUAUUGUCCCUUUAACAUUAUUAAAAUGUAAAUUUAAUUCUG